AUGCCUGGUGUCCGCGACAUCGGUUCGCAUGUGGAAGUAUUCGACAUUGGCGAUUUGAGUGACUUCAAAGUCAUGAAUUUAGAGGAGGCGGAUCAAUCAUACGAGGACGAGGUUGACGAGAUGACGGCCAGGGAUGAUGAUGCCAUGGAGGUUGACGAUGAUCUUUGUAUCAUUGAUGGCGCUGAUCUGAACCUGUGGAUCAGCAAGCGUGAUGGAUCAGACCUGUAG